CCUCCGCGUCAAUCGCUCCACAGUCCGGGUGCUCGCUUGCUCUCAUUUUCCGGUCGCCAAGCUAAGCGAGACCAAAUCAUCUCUCACGAGACAACUGACGAGAGGUAUUUCUCGGUUAGCUUUGUUCGAGAGGCGGCUCCUAUCAUCGGUCCUGAUUCGGUCGGAAAAACUGCCAAUCAGAAUGUCUGAAAGUGGAGACGGAAAUGACAACCGCGGAAGCAUCCAGGCCGAAGCCCCUCGGGGUCACGACGUCCCGGAUGGAUCGCACCAGACUUUCGCCUUGUCGGAUCCCGAAGCCAUCCGGGAGGCAGAACUGUCUCAGCGCUACGGAAAGAUGAAUAUCUUCCAAAAGCAUUUGAUGGAGAUUAUCUUCAUGUUCUUCAUGUUCUCAUCUACGAUCAUCACGACUCCACGAACACAGAUUUUUCUCGAGAAGGCUUGCGUGUUGAAUUUACACUUGAACGACUCAAUUUGUGACAGAAUAACGAACGUGAUAAACCACGAUUAUUACGUCGCAGCAGCGAGAAUCACGAAAACUACGGCUCUCGCGAGAGACAUAGUGUCAUCGAUUCCAGGUGCGAUAUGCUCGGUUAUCGCCGGACAGUAUAUGACUCGCUACGGGGCUAAACUUCCUUUGAUUCUCGCGGUCCUCGGGUCUCUCGUCAGCUUGACGGCGGACCUGUACACCUUCAUCCAGAGAGACAUACCGCUCUACGUCAACAUCUUCACGGCGAUACCCCAGGCUUUGACCGGUGGAAUCAUUGUGUUCAUGACGGCGAUCUUCUCGAGUGUGACCUGGACCUGUCCGUCGGAAGAAAGGAAGGAGCGAUUCUUGAUGAUCCAAUUCUUCAUCUUCUUACCCAUGCUCCUCGGAACAUUCCUCGGCGGAUACGUGGAGAAGCAUUCCGGAGUCGCAUGUUUAGCUGCGUUGAUCUUCUUUGGCUUCGCGGUUUCUCUUGCGAUGCUGCUCUGGCUGUACGAAGACACAGCUGUUUCCGAAAGCGCCCGGAAAGAAACGCUUCUCGAAGCCUGGAGGCAUUCGACGAGCCUCGAAACCUUCAAGAUGAGUUACUCGUUUUUGAAGAGGAAGCGUCCGGGACAUGCGAAAAUUCAAAUAAUUUCCAUGGUUUUUUGUCUCAUACUCGGGGUGAUCGCAUUCACUGGAACCGCCGACCUAGACCAAUUAUAUGUUACCCAAACAUUUGGAUGGUCGUCAGAUCUGUACGGAGUGUUGAAAGCGGUCGUUAUGCUGAUCACCUUCGUCCUCUCGAUUCCCUCGAUGUUAAUUCUUACAAAGGUGUUCAAGUUCUCUGAUCCGAUGCUUGUUACGCUCGGAUUCGCAUCCGUGGCGCUGAAGGCUGCCCUCAUGAGCGUUCUGAGUCUGGGAGUCUCCAUGUUCAUAAUUCCUUCCAUCGUGGGCUUGCCGUUCAUCGUGGGGCUGACGGCAGUACGUUCACACAUCUCGCGGCUCUUGGAAGUGCACGAGGUGGCUGUGGUUUUCGCGUUGAUUUCAGCUUGCGAGAGUUUGGUACCCGCGAUAGCUGAUAUCGGAGUCACCGCAAUUUACAACUCGACCCUAGAUUUCUUCCCGGGCCUGGUGUACCUCGUGGAAGGUGUGGUGUUCCUAAUCCCAAUGGCAGUGGCUUUUAUGUGCUACAGAUGGACCCAAGUCGAAGGCUAUCCCAACUACAAGAAUCUCAACGACGAGGUCAAGGCAGGAGAAGAGUCUUGAGUAUGUGGACUCGGCGUGGAUUCUUGGAGUCUUGCUGAGAACCAUUUUUCAUUGGUCCGGUCCCUUGUCGAAGGCUCUCGUCGGAGUCAGCUUGAGCUGAGGUGGCAAAAGAAUUCUUGUCAACAUAGGGAGGAUUUGCGCGGGGAAAAGAGCUCAUGUAAAAAA